UAACUUAUCGCAGUGUUUUAUGGAAAAUGCGCCCGAUGUAGCACUUGUUGUAUCAACAUGUUGCGUGUAUUACAACAAAUUCCCUUCAAAUUAACACAAUGUAAUCGUGAAUAAUAGUCAAUAUGUUGUAUUGGGUUACGUUUUCUUGUUUAUUCGUGCUAGUGUGUGCUCAUCCUAGUGAAUAUGAAGAUGAAUGUAACCCGAACUGCGUUGGUGAAGAGUAUGUAUGCAUUAAAGGACAAUGUUACUGCACCGAUGGAUAUUUGCCAAAUCCAUUACAAACAGCCUGCGUAAAAUGUCCAGGUUUGGGUGACAAAUGUUUUGGUAUGUGCUGCAGUCAUCCAGGAAGUGACAGUCUUCACUGUUGGCAUGGUGUAUGUCAGCCCUGCUACAAUUCAUUUGGUGACUGGAUCUGCCGAGAUACCUUUGACCAAAUGCUAAUAGUUUCAUCAACACAGAUAAUCAUGGGAACUACUCUCAUACUCGGAAUUAUUGCAACAUUCAUAUUACUUUUUAAAUUGUGCGCAGCAACGAACAUAAGACCAAUCGGUAGUAAUUCUCCCUAUGAUAGCCGAUUGUCUAUAGGAAGUUUACAAAUUUAUGUAGAAGAAAGAUUAAGGGAUGCUCCACCAAGAUAUUCCAGCACGGCACCUUCUGAAUCCGUACAGUAUCCGAGUAUUAAUUAUAUCAGCGAUGGUUUUAUACACGAUCUUAGCAUGCCUCCUCCGCCUUAUUCACCAGAAAACAAAAAUGAAGAUAAUCAAAAUACAACAGUACACGUCUGAAUAUACAGAAUUAAUGUAUGCCUGUGAUAAUUAUAAUUAAAAUUGGAUUAAAAAAUAG